AUGGCACCUGUGAACCAGCCCACAUUCAGCAAGGACGAGAAAGUCUUGUGCUUUCACCAUGAGCUCUUAUACGAAGCCAAAGUGCUCGACUCGAAACACACGGAAGAAAAGGAUAAGAAGAGUCCGAUGCAAUAUCGGGUUCACUACAAGGGAUGGAAGAACACCUGGGACGACUGGGUGCCAGAAGACCGCCUCCGCAAACUCAACGACGAAAACAAAGGCCUAGCCACACAUCUCAGAAACGAGUUCAUGGCUCUACAGAGGCCCGCGAAGCCAAGCAUUUCUGCUGCGACCAAGAAGAAGACUGCCGGCUCUGAUCUCAGCUCUACUCGUGGGAGCGAAGAGCGUCAUGCUUCUCUUCCUGCAACUGGCCGGGGUCAGAAGCGCGGGCGCGACAACGACAUUGAGAAGGCGAGUGAACCUCUUUCAUUAGACCAACGACGCUCUUCUUCACGCGAGCGGCGCAAGCCAAGCAAAGCGGAAUCGCCGCCACACCAACCUCCGAAAAGAACAAAAGGCAAAGCCAAGGCGGAUUCACCAGCAAUUAUUCCCAAGACAAGAGGCAAACGUAAGGCUACGAUCCCAGCAUCAGAGAUAGAAACGCCGACUUCCCCACAUCCUCCACGGGACAAACCGGCUAAACGCAAGGAUGCACCCCCAUCUGAGUCGCCGCAUGAGCCCUACGUUCUCUCGGAAGGAUCCUCAUUUUACGAGCGCUUUUCGCUCGAUGACUCCAAAGUGAAGACUUCAAAGCCACCAACUGCGCCACAGAAGCCGACUGCCAAAAAUGAUUCGGACGAUCCUCUGUUGAGCUCUGCUCGAUAUUCGCUACAGGAUCUGGAUCCAGGAGACGCACUUGGGAGGAGUCAAGGAUCAGAAGCCGGUCAGAAUAGCCGGAAAGAACGAGCAGAAGCCCGUCAUGCUCGCGAAGCAGGCGAGAUUCGUCCCGGUGGUGCCCUGCUCGCUUUGUACAAAGACCAGCCUCGUGGUACGAAGAUCACAGUUGCUGGAAUCCCACUGGACGAGACACCCGCGGACCUUGCGUCGUUUGUGAAGAAGAAGCGUCAGCGUGUGAAGACUAUAGACAAUAAGAUCAAAUUUACUGACAAACCUACCUUACAACAGGAGGAGACAUUCAACUUGCGCCCAGCCAUCCACAUCAAUGUCCCAGACCAUCUCAAAUCCAUCCUCGUCGACGACUGGGAGAACGUUACGAAGAACCUUUCUCUGGUGCCGUUGCCAUCUAAGCCUUCUGCCAACGAAAUUCUAACAAGCUACUUCGAUGAGGAGAAAAACAAGCGUCACCUCGGAUCUCCCGAAGCUGAUCUGCUAGAAGAGGUCGUUGCGGGGUUAAAGGAAUACUUUGAAAAGUGCGUUGGUCGCAUCUUGCUCUACCGUUUCGAGCGCCAGCAAUACCUCGAAGUCUACAAUGCGGUGCAGGGGGGUAUGGGAGAGUAUGAGGGAAAGGGUAUGGGUGAUAUCUAUGGUGCUGAGCAUUUGUGCCGUCUGUUCGUUUCCCUUCCCGAACUCAUCGCCCAAACAAACAUGGACCAACAAUCCGUCAACCGUCUCCGCGAAGAACUCCACAAGCUGACCCAAUGGCUCGGCAAAAAUUCCACUCGCUUCUUCAAAGCUCCGUACGAAACCGCCAGCCAGGAUUACAUCGAGAAGGUCCGUGGUGUUUGA